AUGCCCGACGUUGGUCCCCCAACCGACCACAUUGACACCUCUACCCCCGAAGAGACGCUCAAGUUACUCUACGAUCUUGACGCACUGACACAGAUUCCAGAAGGGGAGUUCACCAAGGACAUUCCUCCACCGCCGAUAGGAGAGUUUACCAAGCCAGCUAGUAAGUCCACACCGACGCAAGAUGGGCAGCCUGGACCUUCGUCGGUAACGGGCAGCUCAGGAAACCAGGUUGAUGAUGAGGAGGAGGAGGAGGAGGAGAGCGACGACGAAUACGACGAGCAUCCUCCGCGUAGCACGAAUCCGCGCACCUUGGAAGAACGCCUCCGGCGGGAACUUGAAUACAUAGAUGACAUGCUAGAACAGGACGAGGACGAGGACGAGCAGAACAUGGCGGUGCCACGCGAACAGUGGAGAGCAGCAGAAUUCGUCGAGGACGACAUGGUGUACGCAAGCAUCGACGUGCUGGUCAUAGACGCCCUACGCCACCUGCAAACCUUGGAGAAGAAUAGCACGCUGAGGCUGUACACCUCGUUCAUCUACCAUUACAAGAGGUGGGCGGCGAAAAUGCUGACGCAAAUACGCGACAAGCUUCCCCAGGAGCACAGGCUUAGGCACGUCGACGAGAUCGGCCACUACAUCCGGGACAACAAGAAGAAGAAUUGGGACAAAGUGGCCGAGGUCCCCCGAGAGUACAUCUGGCUGCACGGCCCUAGGGUAACCGAAACCCGGCUGCGCGCCUAUGUGAAGUUCAUGAUACGUGAGUGUCAGCUCGAUGCCGAGUCGAUCGAGGAGGGGAACAAUGCCCCGCGAACCCAGCCGGUGCAAGGUACAACGGUGCACACGCUCCUCGGGCGCAUAAAGGCAUGCCAGAUGGCGGCGAGAGUGGAGGCGACGCUCUACCGGGAGAAGGAGCUGAGCAUCAUGCGGGAGAUAUCGGUGGUCAGAUCGGAGGUGCGGUUCAUGGUCCGCACCAAGAACGAGAGGGACGUCAAGAAUUGUGCCGACCGGCGUCGCGGCACCAUCGGCGAUACAUACACCGCCGAACAGUUCCGCCAGAUCAUGAUGAAGGUGCUGCCGACAUGGGCGGCGUCGGCGUGGAACCCGCGGGCAACCGCUCCUUCGCAGACGCUGUGGCGAUUUCUGCUCACCAAGGCGCUCACGCUACUCUCCCACCACACUCUCCUGCGAGGCGCCAGCAUCCGCGAGAUCACGCUCCCCGACAUCUUCUUGUACCGACUGGCUAGCACCUCAUCGAUAAACCCGGAGAACCAGCCGGUCGUCAUGGUGAUCGCCGCGCGGAACUCGAAGACUUCCAAGGAUGCCCGUCUUCAGCAGAGCUACGCGGCGCGACACCUGGAAGCGGAGUUGUGCGCCGUCGGCGAGACCGGCCUAUGGUUGCACUUCAUCCUCGACCAGAUCGGUCAGUUCAACGGCGUCGACUUCCUUCCGCCACUUGACACCACCGAACGCGAGCGCUGGUACAAGAAGCACCUCUUCUUCGCCCGCAACGACAAGGAGCAAAAAGAGCUCUCCGCCUCCAGCCACCAACGUUGGACGCGGCAGUUGUGGACGACCAACAAGGUGUUCUGCAAGCGGAACGUGCACGCCGCUCGCGCCGGAGGUGCGCAGGAGCUAGCCAUUGAAGGGACGCCUCGCGCCGAGAUCGCCGAGCUGGGUCACUGGGCACUCGACAAGAUGACGCGUGCUUACAUCACAGCCAUUCCCGUUGGGGUGGUGAUGAAGAAGGCCGGCUACUCGGGUUGCAAGCAAGACUACUUCUUGGGUCGCAGCAGGGUCGAGCCCUCCGACAAACUCUUGGACAUCAUCGCCGAGCACAUCUUCCCCGGCGUGGAUGCUCUGCUGCGUGAUGCGGAAACGCGAGCUGCCAAAGAAGGGAGCGAUGCCGACAAAGCCGCCGUGCACUUCUGGCGUACCCUCCAGAUGAUGCGCCGCAUCGUCGCCGAGGACCUCGCGGUGAAGCUCGUCCGCACCCCUUGGCACCCGUACGUCCAAGGUUCGAAGCUCUGCCGGAUUGCCCUCUUUCAGCACUGGGCGAAAAGGGUCGAGAAGAUCGACACCGAAACGAUCAACAAACGCCGGGACCCAACCCUCAUUCAGGCAGAGGAAAUCUCUGUUCGCUUGGACACCGAAUACCAUAACAUGUCCCUCAAGGAGACGCUGAAGUACGAGAGGGAGCGCGCCGCGGUCGAGAAGAUCGACCUUCAGGAUGAACUCGAGAAGCGCGACGAUACCAUCGCGACGCUGACCGCCGAGAUAACCCGUCUCACCGAGGCACUCCGUGUGUCAGAAGCACGGAGGAUGCCGGAGACGCCGCCGUCGGGGAACGAGCAGACGCCGAGCGAGAGUGGCUCCGUGGAUUCGGCCAGUCCGGGGGCCAGAAACAAGAAACGGGUCGCCGAGCCGGGAUUCGUCGACCGCCACACCCUCCUCAAAGGCGCGACGCAGGGUGCACACGACAUGAAGGUGCGCCGCAUGCUGAAGGCCAUGGAUGCGGUGCGCCUUCUUCGCUCGAGCGACGGCGAUGCCGACACCGAAGCCGUCGUCGCUGCCCUGAACAAGAUCGUGGCGCCGGGCAUCGGGACCUUCUGCAAUGCCCUCACGGUGCUCAAACCGGGAACCGCACCGACGAAGUCCAAGGAGCCCGGCAUGGGCGUCAAGGGGCUGGGCCCCAAGUCGGUCUCGAAGCUACGUCUCGCCUGUGCGCUGGUGGCGGUCAACUUGAAGCCGACCGCUUGGGUCGCCGUCCUGUUUCCAGACACCUGGGAGGAGCAGAUGCCGAAGACCGUGGCGGACAUGGAGCGGCAGACCGCACCUGUGCUGCGUCCUCCGACGAAGCGCAAGAAGGCGGCAUGA